UUUAAGCUCUUGGUCCAACCUGUCAUCUCCUUGACCGACUUAUGCACGGACUCCCCAUUUUCUCUCUAUAAAUACACCACACCACCUAUGUUUGUUGUUCAUACUUGCAUUCAAAGCUUACUUCUGAGAGUUUUGCUAUCUUCUGUUUUAAGUAAUCGUUACAGUUCUCAUCAAGCAAAAUACAUGGUUGAACUAGAAUUCCAGAUUCCUGGUGCUUUUGAUCCAUUCAUUGAGGCCAAGGAUACGGGUGCUCCUGGGGUGAAAGAGUACGUUCAUAUCAGAAUCCAGCAAAGGAAUGGAAAGAAAAAACUGACAACAGUUCAAGGGCUGCCCAGAGAAUUCAGCUACGAGAAGAUCCUAAAGGCUGUGAAGAAGGAAUUCUGUUGUAAUGGGAAUGUUGUGCAUGACAAAGAGCUUGGCGAGGUAAUCCAGCUGCAGGGAGAUCAAAGAAAAAACGUUCAGAACUUCCUCGUUAACGCUGGCCUUGUGAAGAAGGAACAUAUCAAGAUACAUGGUUUUUAGAUCCUUUUUGGCUUUAUGAUCACAGGCUGCUAUUGAUUAAUAUAUAUAUAUGGUCUAGUGACCUCUAGAAUGGUAUUUGCAGUUACUGUUAAUAAGAAAUUGGCUCGGAAUUGCGUUUUCUCUUUUCAGCUUUUUGUAUUUUAAUUUUUUUAAUAAUGGAUUAUGUUAAUUUAAUGAGUAUUUCUAUUACUUCCA